GGAGCUGGGACGCACCGCGCAAAUCCGAUCCUCCAGAGUCCAGAGUCCAGAUUUUCGAUUCCAGAGAAGUCGAGGCUAGCGAGAGGACCUACACUCGGCGAAAAGAUGUGCGACUGCGGCUGCUACUCGUACUGUCUGCACGACAGCUCCUGCUACAGCCACUACCACUCGCACUCGCACUUGCAUUCGCACCACUGCUGCGCGGGCUACAAGUAUCUCAAGUGCCUCUGCCGCUACUACCGCCAUGGGCACUGCACCUGCUCCUGCUGGCGGAGGAAGUGCUACCUGCUCUAAGGAGGACUCCUGGCGAUGCGGCGGACGACGCGGGGAUCGGGAUCUGGAUCCAGACGAGGCACACGACACCACACAAAUCACAACUCAAACAGCGCAAAUCACCAAAGAAAUCACACGAUAAAGUCCUUUAAGCAGUUGCAUAACACUUGGCUGCAUCCAAUCGAGCAGGAGUGAAAAGUGGAAAGUGGAAAAUGGAAAAUGGUGAGGGCAUGUGAGAAUCCGAGGGACGAGAAGGGAGAGCGGGGAGAGGGGAGAGAGACCAAACAACUAGCGUGCAUACGGGUCGUAUGUGCAACGUUUUCAGUUGUCGCGUGAGUGAGCCUGCGUGUGUGUGCGUGUGCGUGUGCCUGCGCCUGUGUGUGUGUGAAAAUGGUUCAAGGAUGCGGCCAACACUGUUAUCGACUGCGUUUUGCAUUUUGCAUUUUGCAUCUGCAAAGUCCCCAUUCACACCGAACACACACACUUAAUCCAGUGAAGCAACUCGAAUUAGUGCGUAAGUUUUACUUUACACCCCACAAACACCCACACACCCACCCACACACACUCGAUUUACACACCCAACUCCACAUCGUUGUCGAACUAAAUACAUCCAAUGUUAGAGCGUAGUGCGUAUCGAUCGACGUUCGAGGAAUUCGCCAUAUUUGUAACGUUUCCAAUCCAAAAACAAUCCAGAAAUAAAGUUUUACUCCAACACCACAAACGAA